GUAAUCAGUUGUAAUUCAAUCUUCAUAAAGAUCGUUGCCAAUUUCCCUGCAAAAACUCAAAUACCACAAAUUUUGAAUGCCUAUCCAUCCACCAUAAUUAAGUUACCACCUGCUCAAAAAUUCAUACAAUACGUUAAAAUAUUAUAAAUAAUGCAAAAAUUGUUGGAAACAGUGUCAAAUGGUUAUUGAAAAUAUUUCCCAAAAACUCUAAUUGCAAUAUGAACCAAAGGAAACAAAGUUCAUCUAUUAGAAAAUAAUAUUUAGUGAUGAAAAAAAUAGCAAAAAUGCAUGGAAUUCAUUUGAAAUGUUUAUUUCUAUUAGUUUUGAAUUGUGUUGGAUGUGAAAAGAUAAAAAGUUUUUUCUUAGACUUCGAACAGCUUAAAUAUGAUCUUUUUCUUGAAAGUUAUUCCAAACUAUCAAAAAAUAAUUCGGAAUCACUAAAUAAUUUUAAAAACAAGAAAUGUUUAAUAGAAUUGGAAGCAAUUCAAAAUGGUUUAAUUACACGAGAGAGAUGGGCAUUACAAAUUGUGGAUUCAUGGGGCAAAUUACCAUCCGGCAUAUUUAGUGGCAAUACACAUGACUUUGGUUCAUAUUUCCAAUGUUUGGAAAUAAAACGAUAUGAAACACAAUAUUGUUUAGGUCGUUUAUUUUAUGACCUUGAAGAGAAAAUUGCGUCGAAAAUUUAUCGAUAUGACAUCAAUAACAUCGCUUUUCCUGAUAUGGUUCACGUUAAAAAUGCACCAAAAGUUGACACGAGAAGAUCUUAUAUAACAUUUGGUACUUGUUUGCCAGCGGCAUGCCCAUUUGAUAUUUUUGAGCAAAUCAUCAACGAUUUACUUCCAAAACACCCGAACAAUUUUUCUAUUCAAUUGCCUAAAGAUACGUGCCAAAAGGGAAACAACGAUCCUCGACUGACAACUGAAGAGAAAAUUACAAUUGGUUUACUGGUGAUAAUAUCUGGUUUGGUAUUCAUCAGUACUGGCUAUGAUAUUCUGUGUACCAAUCGCAAAAAAUCUCAGAUUUUGUUAGCAUUUUCUUUUUAUUCAAAUGGACAAAAGUUGUUUUCUUUAAAUGAAGUCAAUACAUCAGAAACAAUACAAUGUUUACACGGAAUUCGCGUCCUAUCGACACAGUGGGUGGUUUUAUGUCAUACAUAUGCCUUCUAUUUAUUAAUUCCGAUUCACAAUAGGGUUGUACACGAUGCGUUUGUCUCAAGAUACAGCAACAUGAUAAUUGUUUCGGGGUUUGUUGCGGUGGAUACGUUCUUUGUGUUGAGUGGUCUUUUGGUUUCAAUCGGCAUACUAAAACAUUUAGAAAAACAUGGACGGUUAAAUAUUCUACAGUUUUAUUUUCAUCGAUAUGUGCGGUUAACGCCACUUUUGGCAAUAUCCGCUUUGAUUACAGUGUCAAUGUAUCGUUUUGGCGAAACAGGGCCGCUGUGGUCUAUUGUGGCCGACAUUAAUAAGAAACAAUGUGAGAAAUAUUGGUGGUCAACACUGUUGUAUAUUCAAAACUAUGUGAAUCCAGAUGAUCUUUGUUUUGUGCAUUCGUGGUAUUUAUCAGUUGACGUGCAGCUCUUUUUAAUUUCACCAGCGAUCGUUUAUUUAAUUUAUCGAUUGAAAAGAAAAGCUUUAAUUCCAUUGACUAUGCUCCUGUUGGUUUGCAUUUAUUUCACAUUAAAUGUUCAUGUGAAGCAUAAUUUGACGACUUUAUUUGCUUUACCGGGCGAUAAAAUGAAAACGGCUUAUGUCCCAACACACAUACGAUUUUCGUCAUGGUUGAUCGGAGUCAUUGCUGGAUAUUUUCACUUUGAAAAUCGCAACAGAAAGAUUCAAAUCCCAAAAAUGAUCAACAUAUUAGGUUGGACGUUGUCUUUGAUUACAAUGACAUUGGUAAUUUUCGCAAAUUAUCCAUUACAACAGUUAGAUGAAAAUAAAAGAUUUUCUCCAAUUGUACAUGGUUUGUACGAUGCCUUAAGCCGUAUUGCUUGGUCGACAGCUUUGUGUUACAUCAUUUUUGCUUGUGCUCAUGGCUUUGGAAGUGUCGUGGAUCGCUUUUUAUCGCACUCAUAUUGGCGACCACUUUCUCGGCUCUCCUAUUCAAUUUAUCUCUUUCAUUUUAUUGUAAUUGGAUGUGUAACAGGCACACACAAUUCUCCGCCACAUUUUACCGAAACCGCAGCCUUUAAUAUUUUCAUCAGAAAUUAUGUGAUAACGGUCGUUGUAUCAAUCGUUGGAACAUUAACUCUUGAAUCACCAGUAAUUGCACUUGAGAAAAUACUAAUCGGCUCUUCAAAGAAGAUUGAAGCCAUCUCAUCUAAUGGAAAUAAGUCUGGAAUUCAACAAACUGAUAGUGAAAAUAGUGAAAGUAUGAAAAAAUAUCAAUGAAAAAAAUGAAACCAUUUAAUCAUUAUUUUAACAAUUAUUCAAUAAAUAUAAAGAUAUCAA